AGUUGUGAUGUUGUGCCCUAGUGAUCAUUCUUAUACAUAUAGUGACUUAAAGCAAUGAACACAAAAAAUAUAACAUCGCUGUACGCUGUUACUUUGGUCGUAAUUUGUUUAUGCAUUUUAUGUUUCAAAUAUCUGUGGAGCAGGCGAUAUCUAUAUUACUAUGCGUCGCAGUUUGAAGGUCCGUUCGCCUGGCCCUUGAUAGGAAGUGUUCACUUAUUUUGGGAGGGUCAUAAAGGUUUCCACAAAAAAAUGACUGAAAUUUUUUCUUCACAGGCGUCAAUUUUUAAAUUUUGGUUGGGCCAAGAUUUGCUCAUUGUUACUUCCAAACCUUCGGAUAUUGAAAUUUUGUCGAACAGUUGUUUAGAGAAAGGCAAAUUUUACAAUUUGGGUAAAAAUAUCGUCCGUGAAGGUUUAUUGAAUGAACCAGUAAGCAAAUGGAAAGUUAACCGAAAAAUAAUCAAUCCAACAUUUAAUUCAGCAGUUCUUAAUUCAUUUGUUGAUGUGUUUUGUGCGCAUUCUAAAGAGCUUGUACAGACACUGGAAAGUAAUUGCGAUGGAAAUCCCUUUGAUUUUCUCAUGAAAAUAUUUCAUUGUUCAUUAAAUAUAUCAAUAGAAACACUUUGUGACAUUAAACCAAGCUUAAUACAAGAUAAAGACCAAUUUAUUGAAAAAAUUCUGAGAAUGGAGGAAAUCAUGACAAUUCGUGUCUUUAGUAUAUGGCUUCAUCCCGAUUACAUUUUCAAAUAUACUUUAUUAGGAAGAGAAUUUGAGAAACUUACCGAGGAAACAUUCGAAUUUAUAAACAAGAUAACAAAUACAAAAAAAGCCAAUUUUCGCAACCAAAACACAAUUGGUGAUUUGAAAAGAAAACAAUUUCUCAAUCACUUAUUUUCUGUCGCGGAAAAAGAAAGUGCCCUUACGGAACAUGUGAUAAGUGAAGAAACGCAGACAAUUCUUGUCACUGCAAGUGAAACAGCGGCGAUUACAAUUAGCAUGAUUCUCUUAGUUUUGUCACUACGUCGUGAUAUUCUAGAAAAAGUCAAUGAUGAGCUUGAUUCAAUUUUUGAUUCUGUUGAGAGAAAUGCAACUUUAGAAGAUAUGAAUAGAAUGGUGUAUUUAGAGUGUGUUAUCAAUGAAACUAUGAGGUUAUUUCCAACUGUACCGAUUGUUUUACGAACAGUUACGGAAAAUGUAAAGUUAGACACCUAUGUUGUCCCAAAGGGCAGUUUUGUACUUAUUCCAAUAUGUAACAUUCACUUAAAACCCGAUAUAUGGAAGGAUCCGAUGACAUUUAACCCAGACAGGUUCCUUUAUCAAAAAGAAGCAACUAGACAUCGAUGUGCUUUUAUUCCAUUUAGUUACGGAUUCAGAAAUUGCAUAGGAUUUAAAUAUGGCUUAAUGUCAAUGAAAAUUAUUCUCUCUACGUUACUGCGAUCUUAUAAUUUUGAAGCUGUAGAUUAUAAAUCUACAAACGAUAUUAAGUUACUGUACAGCAUAGUGUCAAAACCUGCGAACGGAUUCAAGUUCAGAAUAUCAAAACUAGACUGUAAAAAAUAAUUAACAAUAAAUGCAACGAUGUUUUUUUUAGCAUAA